AUGGCCUCUCGAAGUAGUUACCGUGGCGGAUACAGUACGGCUUUCAACCACAAGCAGCCGCCGCCGCCGCCACCACCACCACCACCACCUCCACCCCCUCCUCCUCCUCCUCCUCCUCAUCUGCCCUUUGGAAGUGAUUCCAGGGGCUAUUCGCAAUCUCCCCAACACCGCGGCCCCUUUCACCACUCUCAAUCGCCCUCGCCGUAUCCAAGCGGUCGCCCGGGCCGCAAUGGCCAGUUCUCUCCUGAGCACCAACAUCAGUCUCAAUACCACAACGGCUCUGGCUAUCACGGUGUACCGACUGGCCCAUCUGACCACUACCACAGCUACUCUUCGAGGUCACCCCCCCACGGAGCACCAUCUGGCCCUAUGAAUCCGUAUCCGCCUGGAAACUAUCGGGGUGGUCCGCGAGGCUGCGUGCAAAGAACAAGCUCUUUCAGCAACAGAGGUGGCUUUCGAGGGCCCAUUGUCAAAGUUCCAGGGCCAAGUAGCGCAGAAUCUUCAUCAAUGGCCCAGACCCAAAGCCACACCCAUGAUGAAUCCAACCCCAGACAGCAGAGCGCGGCGGCCGCGGCGGCCGCAACAGCGGCGAUGGCUAGCUCCAAGGACGAGGCUGGGCUGAAGCAAGGAGACAGAGAGCUUGAUGGCGAGACCACCAGGCGGCCACCCAACGGAUCCGCAGCAGAACAUUCGCCCUCGACGGAAAAGUCGUCGCUGGGACCAGCAAAGCACGCUCCGACUCGCCCCGCCGCAACAGGCGGUUCAGCGUCGUCGCAGCCGGGAAGCUCGGGCAAGUUCAGCUUCGCCUUCAAGGCAUCGUCAAAGCCGACACCGACGGCACCGAAACCAGAGAUCUCGCAAAAGUUCAACGCGCCGGCAAAGAGGGACCCGUCGGCCAACAGUGGCGGUGGCGGUGAACGUGAACAGGAGCCUGCCCGGGUGGCGCCGGCUCCGGCGCCUACCGAGCCAGCGUCGGCGAGGCAGAGAACCGAGCUUGGGAACCGCUCAACGCCAGAAGGGCCCAAGGUGGUUGUGCUGCCGCGGAUGCGUAAAGUCAAGAAGAUGAUGCGACGGCUCAAGUCUCGGCCCACGCUGGAGGCAGACUUGAUGGGGUCCGAAUCCGUCUUUUACAGGAAGCCUGGCAACGAGUCGGUAGUGGGGUCGGGAACGUACGGCAAAGUCUUCAAAGGCGUCAACUGCUACACCAAGGGUCUGGUGGCGCUCAAGAGGAUACGCAUGGAAGGGGAACGAGAUGGCUUCCCGGUGACGGCGGUGCGCGAGAUCAAACUGCUCCAGUCCCUGCGGCACACCAACAUUGUCAACCUCCAAGAAGUCAUGGUGGAGAAGAACGACUGCUUCAUGGUGUUUGAGUAUCUCUCGCACGAUCUCACGGGCCUCUUGAACCACCCGACGUUCGGGCUCGAUUCGGCGCAGAGGAAGGAUCUGGCGAGGCAACUGUUUGAGGGCCUGGACUACCUCCACACGCGGGGGGUGCUGCACCGCGACAUCAAGGCGGCCAACAUUCUGGUCAGCAACACGGGGGUGCUGAAGCUGGCGGAUUUCGGACUGGCCCGAUUCUACGCGAAGCGCCAUCAGCUGGACUACACGAACCGAGUCAUCACGAUCUGGUACCGAUCCCCCGAGCUGCUGCUGGGGGAGACGCAGUACACGGCGGCGGUGGACGUGUGGAGCGCGGCGUGCGUCAUGGUGGAGAUUUUCAACCGGACGGCCAUCUUUCCGGGGGACGGGACGGAGCUGAGUCAGCUGGACAAGAUCUACAGCAUCUUGGGGACGCCCAGCCGGCAGGAUUGGCCGGGACUGGCCGAGAUGGCAUGGUUCGAGCUGCUCCGGCCGACGGUCAAGCGCAGGAGCACGCUGGCGGAAAAGUACGGCGACAAGCUGACCCCGGCGGCCUUUGAUCUGCUGGCUGCCAUGUUUCAAUACGACCCGGCCAAACGACCGACGGCGGCCGAGGCUCUGCAGCACGCCUACUUUACCACGGAGGAGCCGCUGCCAAGGCAAGCAGUGGAGCUUGCGGAGAUUGAUGGCGACUGGCAUGAGUUUGAGUCCAAAGCGCUGCGAAAGGAGAAUGAGCGUCGGGAACGAGAAGCCCGCAAGGCCAAGGACGGCUCGCGGGAAAAGGACAAGAAGCGCGGCGCAGAGGGCGGGAGUGACGGCGACGGCGACGGCGACGGCGACGGCGAGCCAGAAGCCAAGCGGGUUCACACGGACGAAAAAUGA